CAGUUCAUCUGCGCAGCACCUCAGGAGCCUGGAGCUGACGCCAUCUGGACCUGCAACCUUACGCAAUCUUGCCUUCAUAUAUUGUCUUCAGCUUCACCUGCACAACAGCUGUCGUGCCAAGAAACCCUGGAUGACCAGCCAGAUCCGCACACUUCUCAAAGCCCGGGAUGCUGCCUUCAGGUCGGGCGACUGAGUUCUGUACAGGUCUGCUCAACCCGAUCUGAAAGAAGCUAAGACGGACCAUAAAAGUAGCAUAGAGUCCCACCUGUCCAGCAACAACACACGGGGGUGUGGUUGGGCAUACAAGACAUCCUAAACCACAGAGGCUGCACUGUGAAAACAGGAAACUUAAGUGUGCCACUGCUGAAGGAGAUAAACACUGGAAGUAGAAGUACUGAGCAUCUCCAUCAUAGUCAGCAUUGGCAGUGAAAACAGCUCAGUUGAUCAUCAUGUGAAUGCAGAGAAGCAGGAAAGGAGGAGGGCUGAAACUGCACGUCAGAGGAGGAAGAGAUGGAGACUAUGAAGACUCUGCUGAAGGUUUAUCUGCUGCUGCUGAUCGGACCUCCCUUCACUCUGAAGCAAGAGAGGAAGCCCAGAUGUUUGCAUUUGGAUGGGAGAGACUGGCCUGUGAUCUGAACCGGAAAGCUAGAGGAAAAUGGAUCUACCUGUGGGUGAAGAGGGAGAGACCAACCUACAUCUGUGACAUCACUGCCAAUGCUGACUAUGAUGGAGAUGCUGACUACUUCCAGAACGGCUACAUCAGAGUGGAUGAAGAUACCAACAGAGGUGCAGGAGGAUCCUUUGUCUUCAUCUGGUACCGUCAGACCACUAACUCUCAAAGAGCCAUCACAGAUCUGAAGAUCUCCACUGAUGAUAUAGAGAAGAAGUGGUUUCGGUAUAUGGGCUUAACAAGGGUAACUACUGAUCUAAGCAAGGGGGCAGGAGGAAGUUACGUGUACCUGUGGUACAAGAAAGACUCCGGUCUUCCCAUUCGGGCGGUCUCUGUGAUCGUCAACACAGCAGCUGUGGAGCAGUACAGAUAUCCCAGGGUCUUCAUUAGACAAAAAAACCUCAACAGUGGGAACAAAGGUAAUACGCUGUACCUGACCUUCAGUUCGUUUUAGUAACAGAGCUGGGAAUGCUCACUGGGCAGAAACCAAAGAGUCUAUGGUGUUCCUGUUUAACCAGUUUGAUUGUUUUUCUUUCCUUUCUGAAA